AAUAGAUAAAGGCCGUACAAAAAAGAGGAAUAAAAGAACAUUUUUAGCUUGAAUCAUGAGCGUAGAAAAUGACGAAAAUAUUAUAUGGUCAAUUAAAAAUGGAGAGUUGGAAGUCGUUCAAUCAACUUUUAGCAAUAAUGAAGCAAAAGUCAAUGAUGAAAUAAAAGGAAGAUUUCCAAUUCACUACGCAGCUGACUUCGGCCACUUAAAUGUAUUAAAAUAUUUGAUAAAAGAAGGGGCUGAUAUUAAUAAAAAAGAUAAGCAUGGCAUAACUCCUCUCCUUGCUGCUGUUUGGGAAGGACACACAGACUGUGUGGAGUAUCUAUUGGAAAAGGGUGCUGACAAAAAUGGAAUAACUCCCGAUGGACAUUCGUAUGCUGAAGUUGCUGAGAAAGAAGAAAUCAAAUCACUCCUAUCUGAUGCUUGAACAGUAUUUUAUACGAAUGAUUAUUUUACACAUCCAACUGUAAGAUUCAUGAUGUACAUAUAUAUAUAUAUUUGAUUUAUUAUAUAAUUUACAAAAAAUUUAUGUAUUUAUGAAUUUUUGUGAAAAAAUUGUGAGUAUUUAAAACUCGGAAUUAUGUACUUUAAUAUGUAAACAGAGGAAUAAACAGUAGAUUUCGACCGUCAUUAUUUAAAACGAAA